AUGGCAGAUCAAGAUGAAUCUGGGCCACAAGACCGCCGGGUGGACGAGGUCGUCAUCGUGGAAGGGGUCUUCAGCUGGUUCGCAGCCUGGAUGAUGAUGCUGUGGCUGGUGGUGUGCAUUUGCUCGCUGACCAUGGCGGUGCUCACCUUCCAGGGCGAAGGCAUUGAACGGAUCUCUGAGGAGAUCUCCUUCGUACGGCAGCAGAGCCCCCCCUAUGGGCCGGCAGAGCAGCCGUCCUUGGCCAACGUCAGGGAGAUCAACGAGCCCUUUCGAUAUCACCUUCCACAAGUGGCUUUGUUCUACUCGAUGGCUUCAGCAGCAUUGGGGCUUUUCACAGUCAGCUUCUUUGCCAACUCGAUGCUUUUGGAGACGCAGGGGACCUCCAGGGCAGUGAACAUUAACAUGCUCAUCGCGGAGGGUGUUCACAUCUACAUGUCUCGGACCUUCCCGGUGAUCCUCCUCUUUCUUCUCUCCGCUGGUGGAUAUGUCUACGUGAGCUCCGGAUGGGGCACGCUGGCGUGCUUCUGUGCGGGGGCUUUCUUGAACCUGCUCUCCGCAUGGAUUGGCGUGCGCACCGCUGUGCAGGGUACUUGUCGGUUGGCCACCGUGAUGGGGGAGAAUCUCUCUCGCUCGGUGCAGAUUGGAAUGUACACCGGAUCCAUCGGUGGCUUGCUGUCAACCUCCUUAGCUUUGGGAGGCAUGGCGGGCAUGUGGUUUUGGGCCUUAGACACCUCCCUGCUGUCGGGCUUUGGGUCCGGCGCAUGCUUGGUUUCCUUCUACCUCCGUGUGGGUGGAGGUAUUUUCUCCAAGGGUGCUGAGCUAGGUGGCGAUUUGGUGGGUGAGAUGAAUGAAUCAAAGGUGGACGAGGAGCGCCGGGUCUUCGAACUUCAGCAGCGGAUGGAGAGCAUGAAGAGAGCGCGCAAGGAACGCUUACAAAAAGGCUUGGAGGAUGACGAAGAAAACGCUUUGGAUGAGUUGCGGAUGCUGGAAGAAGAGAUGCACGACAUGUGCGCGGAGCUUCACCCUAUCGACUUCUUGGACGAAGUGGGCGAGGUCAUUUGUGACUUGACCGGCACCUGUGUGGACCUUUUCGAGUCCAUGGCCUUGAUUUUGAGCAGCUCCGCGAUGAUCGGCGCGAAGACCAGCAGCGUGCCGCACUUUCUGACCGGGCUCCCCUUUUGGAUUGUGGCUUCGGGCAACAUAGGAUGUUCACUGGCUGCCUGCAAGAUCCAUUGCACAGAGCGAUACAGUGCUCGAGCUAUCCGCUGGUCCUUGCGCCUGAGCCUGCUGGCGGUGAUCUUCUUCGUGCAGUUCGUUCAGAUUGGAGUCGGCUUUUUGGAAUGGGUGCACGGCAGCAUCACCUUCACCAUGUUUUGGCACUUUGUGGUGAUCUCUUUAGUCGGCCAGCUCUUGCCGGAGUUCUGCGUGAUCACCGGGGAGUACUUCACGUCACCCGACUAUUGGCCCAUUCGUUCGUUGGCCACCAACUCCACGAACGGCGUGGUGCAGGUGAUUCUGCAGGGCUUGGGCCAGGGCUUCUUAUCAACAGCCACACCAGCCAUACUCAUGGUCCUUGCGGUCAUCAUCACCUGGGGUUUGCAGGGGCACUAUGGCUUGGCCUUGUUGGCCUCGUCAUCAGUCAGCGGCACGGGAUUUCAGGGUAGCAUAGCAUCCUUCGGAGCUAUUGCCACCAAUGCACACAAACAAGUACACCUCACCACCUAUGAUUCUCUCAGCCGAAACCGUGCCAACAUCUUGGCCACGUUGGGAGAUAUCGCCAUGCAGGCGGGGAACACCAUCUCGGCCAUCAACGCCUUCAGUGCUGUCUUCAAUGUGGCCUUGACCCUGUUAGCAGAGACUUACACUGCUCGGAACCUGGACUACCAGGACGUCUCGGGUUCGCCCCUGUCCGAGUGGAGCCAAGCGGGACUGGUGCUGGGCGUCGUGAUGCCGUUCCUUUUCACCGGAGAAACUACAGUGAGCUGCCUCGAGACCUCCAAAGCCUUCAUGCGCUUCUGCAAGGAGUCGGACACCGUGGGGAAGAUCUCCCAGGUGCCCUUUCCGCAGUCACACCUCCGAGGAGUGCGAAUCCUCUCGUCCUUCGGCACGAUCACCUCCAUGCGCCUAGUGUUCAGCCCUAUCAUUCACUCGAUGAUUUGCCCUUUGCUGGGCGGCUUCUUCUUGGGGACACGGGGCUUGAUUUGGCUGCUUUCGGGCAUGAAUGUUUUGGGUGUUUGCCUGAGCCUCUUCCUCAUCAACUCCGGUCAGAGCUGGGUCUCGGCGCGGAAGUAUGUUCUCUUUGGACGCCUCAAGGACGCUGAGGGCGAGGCUGUGGGCCCUGACUCGGCGCAGUACGGGCACCUGGGGGUUGGUGAGAUGAUUGGUGGGCCGUUGGAAGACGUGAGUGGUCCAGCUCUCAACAACUUUGUGAAGUUAGUCGCGGUCUUCGCUUUCAUUACCAGUAGUCUAUAUGAGGAGGAUCCUGAAACGACCUGGGCCUUUGGCCUCAUCGCCUUGUUCGGUUCCUUUAUACUCUUGGCGUUGGCCAGGUGCAUUCUCUCAUGCAUUCUCGACUGCCUCACCAAGUACAUGGAGAAACGCGAGCGGCAGAAGUUAGACAAGCAGCGUGCAAAGGAGGAAGAGGAGCAGCAGCGGCUGCAAGAAGAGGAGGACGAGGAGGAGCUGGGCUAA